AUGCACGAUAGGAGCCCUAGCUUCAAAGUAGCUCAGAUCUUGUACACUGGUACAAUAGAGAUUGUCAAUCUACACACAAGCGAGCUACUACAGAGGAUGUAUGCUCGCGAUUUGUUCUCUCUCAACAUUACUUCCCGACAAGAACGCCAGCGUUCUCGACGAGUACGUCGAACACCUCCAGCAAUCGUGCCGCGUAAAGGUCAGGUCAUCGUCAGUUUUGGUAAUGUCAGGGCGAUUGCCGGCUUAGAUUCGGUUCAGCUUUUGGAUGCGCACAAACCUGUCGUGCGUGAUUUCGCCGAGCACCUGGCCAAAGUGUACGCUAAGGGAGCCGUGGAAGCUGGAUUAUCGAAUGAAUUAAUUUUCUUAGAGGAAGUACUUCGCGAUACGGUGGAGACAUAUUCUCGACGGUUACGCCUAUACGAGCCCAUCGUAGACUCUUUCUUGGACAAGGUCGCGAGCGAAGUGUAUUCGGAUACCGGUGUCCACCAGCUGGUACCUCUCAAAGACAGCCUCCAGUCUUUCGAGAUUCAAGUCAAGCAGUGCGUUGAAUGCCUUGCCGAGCUUUUGAACGACGAUGACGAAAUGCUUUCCCUCCUUUUAACUGAACAGGCAAGUGCGGCUACCACAGGAAAGGAAGUAGAAUUUGCUCGCCACGAAGAUGUCGACCUCCUGUUGGGUGUGUACGCCCGACAGCUUGGCAACAUCCUCAUGGAGAUACAGUACAUGUUGGGUAGACUCCAAUCGAAGCAAGAAUUUGUAGCUUUGGCAUUAGCGGGAUACCGCAAUCGAAUGGUGCGCAUGAAUGUACACCUCGGUAUUGCAACGCUGUCGCUUGGGUUGGGUACAACAGUGGCAGGGUUCUUUGGUAUGAACCUGGUAUCAGGCUUUGAAGAAUCGCAGACAGCCUUCGCAAAUGUUGUUCUGGGUUCAGGCUUGGCCGGUCUCUUGAUUGCUAGUGGGUCCAUGAACUAUUUAAGUGGGCGAACUAUGCAGAAACGUGCCUCUGAACGUCUCGACGAAAUUGAAACUCUGACAGGCGCUCUUAGCGACAUGUGUGCCAUUGAUUACACUGUCAAGAGCACAGUGGAGCAAGGACAAAUACUGGACAAGGAUACCUUUCGCCGGAUUCUAAAAAAAUCGCGCCAAGACGGACACAUUUCCAAUGCCGAGGUCGAUUUGUUGUUUGAUGUUUUUGACCGUGUCAAAGAUGGAUACAUUCAUUUAGAAGAGUUCUAUCCUCCAGCUUUAGAUCAGUCUUUGGAUCACGGGCUUGGAGAAACAUCGGCCCCCUCUAAAGAACCACAAAUAUCGAAUGUCUUGUCCGAGACAGAUACCUGCACUCCGUAA